AUGUCCUACCACACAUCAUCUCCGCCGCCGCCACCGCCGUCGCAGGACAGGUUAGUUAUCGGUCAGUUAAACAGUCUUCUAAACAGUUCAAUUUCGAAUUUCAGUCGUCCUCUUUUUUACUCUUCAUUCACAUGGGAAUUUUCUUAUAUGUACAUCUGUUGGCCUAUUUCACGCAUUAUAUACAGAAAUUUUCCCCUCUUCGUUUAUAUGAACUAUAAUAACGAGGUCAUCGUUGCUUUUUAAUUUCCUUAGAAAUUAACUGCAAACUUAGAGAACAUCUGUAACUUUAAGUUCCAUAGGCUCAGACCAAAGUUUGUAUGCAUGAAUAUUUCGGCCAAAGUCCAUCAGCCACAUCAGUAUACAACGCUAGCACUCUUCUGAUCUUCUGGUUACCACAGUGAAUGACCGAUCUCAUGAAAUAUUGGCCGAAAUGCGUUUUCGACUAGGAAGAAUGACUUAGAUGGGGUUGUAACAUUGAUUGUCAUACGGUGUAACGCUAUAGUAUUUCGGACUCGCCGGGAUGUCGCCUUUUGAAUACACUUCUUUUCGAUCUCCUGAAUAAACCAUGCUCGUUGAAAAAUGACUACUUGUUUAGUAUGGAUUUUUUACUGGCCCAAUAAAUUCAAAUAUAUUAUGUAGAAAACGCACAAAAUAGGCUUACUUUUACUCGUUUGGUAGAAAGUCAUAUCCUCUUUAACUUUUAUACCCCAAUAAUUGAUACAUUCCUGUUUUAAGAAUUAUGAGAUCCUUAAGACCGUGCGAUGUCCAUGCAUACAUACAUAUUUUGGCUUAUAAGACAGAAAUGGCCAUUCCAGUCUCCCUUGUCUUUGUCGGUAAUAGCAUUCUGCCUAUAUAUCAUGCGCCGCUGUGCGGCUGGUGGUUGGGCUCGAGAGAGAGCCCUUAAGGCACAACGGAACGAGUGAGUUCCGUAUGAACGAUCGGUGAGCGCCCCACUAACAUACAUAUUUUGCAAGCCGAAAUAUGCCCCAUUUCGGGUAUAAGUGUGAGCACAAUGUGGUUACCGACCAAUCGUGUAAAUGAUGCAUAUUUUUAUGCAUUCAACAAAAUAUAUUUGAAUUAAUGGGUACAGACAACAAUUAAUUUGAAAAUGCAUGCUAAAUAAGUAGUUGUUAUUUUCCGAGUAUGGUUUCUGCAUGAGGUCUAAAAGGAGUCCAUUCAAACUGUAACAUCCUGGCGAGUCCGAAUUACUAUAGCGUUAUGCCGUAUGGCAAUCAAUGUUACAACCCCACCUAAGUAAUCCUUCCUAACCGAAAACUCCAUGCAGAAUUUCGACCAACAUUUCAUGAGACCGGUCACGCUCUGUAUCUGCUUUGCAUGCCCAAUUUUUAUCCACUGUGGAUGGAGGCCUAUUGGGUAAACAUUUUGGAAUGACACUUACAAAAUGACAUCUAUCGCGCUCGCUCUCUCUUUAACACAGGCGAAAGAACGAAUGAUGUUAUAUAAAUGCGACUGACAGAGAUAGAGAUCCGGCCUCGAUGAUGCCUUCUAGAUCAGACAUGAUCGCAGCCGUACCAUGGGGAAGAAGAGAAAGACAUGAGGGGCAGUCCUACAUACAUCCUGUCAAGCUGGAUGACACGAAAACCAUAUUUUGAUGUGGAGGCGGUUCUGAGCCCUCAAUUAAAUCAACAUGAAAAUAUCCGGCUGAGCCCCGAAGACGAGUCUGAACCUUCACAAGAUCAUGCAAUAUUUCGACACAAAAUUGCAUUUUGCAUCAACCGCGACCGACCUGAUACGCGAACCUAUGAGAAGAGACCUGGGUAAGAUCGCAGUUAUUAGCCAGACAUUGUGCUGAUACUGUCGACGUACGUACUCGUUGUCAGUAGGUUCCCGUUAGGGUCACUGUUAAUGUUAAGGUUAGGGCUAAGGUUAGGCUUAAGGUUGUGUUCAGGCUUAAAGUUAGGGCUAGGGAUAGGCUUAAGGUUGGUGUUAGGGUUAUUGCUAGGUUUUGGGUAAGCGUUGGGUCGUAGGAUUUUGGUUACGUGUCGGUUUUGAGGCUUAGGGUUAGGCCUUACGGUUGCCGUCAGGGGUUGGAUUUUAGGGAUAAGCGUGGGGUUUACAUUUCUGCCAUUAUUCCCCCUACUUAUAAAUUCACAGCACUUUCUCUGGUAAAUAUACUUUUACCCAGAAACAGCAGAAACAGCCCUUCCAUUUACCCCCCCCUAUAUAACCCUCUUUCCCACCAUUGCCGUACGACAGGGACCUGGCUGUCCGCCUCCCCAUUUCUGGCUACCAACUGCGAUCUAACCGAGACCUGCAUUGGAGUUGGACAAAAUACGGAGCCCUCUUAAGAUUGGGCAUGGUUUCAUUGAUAUUGCAUCCACAGUUGAAUAGUGUUACAGGUCGAUGCGCCCUGUCCGUCAGGACUAAUUGCACAUGUAUCUGCAUUUAUGUUGUGCCAGAUAAUAUUGGGCAUUUUGCAAUUUUAAAAAUCCAACUGCAUCUUCUCCUAUCGGAAUCAUUGUAGAGCGUGCAUGUUCAAUCCCCAUGAACUUGGUGGACGCUGAGGACUGCUCGUCUCCUUCCUCCUUUUGAAUUGGCCUCAGCGAGGCUCGCCGCAAAAAUCAAAUGUUUGGUGCCUACGAGGAGGCCCUUUCCGUCAGCAUCCGCUAUCUGCGCCAGGCGCCUACGAGUCAACAAUAUCCUGCUCAUUCCCUCCCUCCCAUUCUCGUCUCCGCCAUCACUGAUUGCGACGUCUUAAGCGAAAUGCUUGUUCUCCAUGGCGGCUUCGUGUUGCGUGCAUUCAAAAGGAGACAUCUUGGUGAGUCCGAAAUAGCAUAG